GCAAUGCCUGCUUAUCUUAGCCCUGGAGCUCAAAGUUUACUGCGUGCACUUUUCAAACGUAAUCCUUCAAACCGUUUGGGAGGUGGACCUGAUGGAAUAAAUGCAUUAAAAGGACACAAAUUUUUCAUUGGAAUUGAUUGGAAACGGCUUCUUGCUAGGAAAAUGCAACCUCCAUUUCGACCACAUUUUUCUUCAUCGUUGGAUGUAACGCAUUAUUUUGAUCAGGAAUUUACGAAGAAAACGCCUAUGGAUUCGCCAGCAAUUCCUCCGUCGGCUGCUGCUCAUGAGCUUUUUAGAGGAUUCAGCUUCGUUGCGCCAACAAUUUUUGAGGAGGAUUUAAUUAACUUUCAUGAUGAAAAUGGAAUCAAUUCUGCCUUUCCUAGCGAAUUAGAACUUCAAUUGCUCUCUGAUCGACCUGCGGACAACAUUUAUACUGCUCGUUCAACUUUUGCUAAAAAACACGCGCCAUUCAAUUUUUGUGGGGGAUAUGGACCAAUUGGUGUUAAAGGCGAUGGUGAACAUACCGAAGAACAUUUAACCGACAAAUCUUCUUAUUCUAACACGCCAACGCCAGUUCGUGUGGCUAGUCCGCUUUGUCCGGUUAAUACUUCGGCUCUCGCACAACGUCGACAGCAGCAUCGCAAAAGUUCUGAAAUGUUCUCUUCGAAUGAGUAA